UUAAUGGCCGCACCUUCCCCUCUUUGCCGAUUUCUUCCCUCUUUCUUCCCCCGAUCUCCAACGCCCCACGCCGAUCCCGAGUCUUAACCCUGGGAGAUCUCCAUCGCUCGAUCUCUCAGAGCAAAGCCCCAGGUCAAUUCGACCCCGAGGCCCCGCGACGCGCCUCGCCGUGCCCUCCUCGAAGAUCCGUCCUUCCGAGAUCGAUUCCGCUUGCCGAUCGAAUCGAUCUGCGCUCAUCGAGAUGGGUAGCGGUAGGGUAUGCGGAGGAGGAACCUUCGCCCGGCCGUUCUCGUCCUCAUCCUCGUCGCCGCACCUCUCGGCCCCUCCCGGGCCGCCGACGGAGACGGCGUCGACGUCAGUUACCGACACGGUGAACGGCUCGCACCACUUCAAGAUCGAUGGGUAUUCGCUGCUCAAGGGGAUGGGCAUCGGCAAGUACACGGCGUCGGACACGUUCACGGUGGGCGGUUAUGACUGGGCCAUCUACUUCUACCCCGACGGGAAAAGCUUGGAGGACGGCGCCACGUACGUGUCGCUGUUCAUCGCGCUGGCGAGCGAGGGGACCGACGUCAGGGCGCUUUUCGAGUUGACGCUUCUGGAUCAAAGCGGGAAGGAGCAGCACAAGGUCCAUAGCCACUUCGGGAGGACGCUCGAGGGUGGCCCCUACACUCUCAAGUACCGCGGCAGCAUGUGGGGCUAUAAGCGUUUCUUCAGAAGAACUGCUUUGGAGACAUCAGAGUAUCUUAAAGAUGAUUGUCUUCUGGUUAAUUGUAGCGUUGGUGUUGUUAGAUCACGCACCGAAGGACCCAAGGUUUACACCAUAGCAGUGCCACCACCUAAUAUAGCUCAGCAUUUUGGACAGCUUUUAGAGAGUGGAAGGGGAACUGAUAUAAGUUUUGAAGUUGAUGGUGAGAUUUUCAAUGCCCACAAGUUGGUACUUGCAGCUCGAUCACCUGUGUUCAGGGCACAAUUAUUUGGUCCAAUGAAAGACAGCAACACGCAUUGCAUAAAGAUUGAAGAUAUGGAAGCUCCAGUUUUUAAGGCUCUACUCCAUUUCAUAUACUGGGAUUCUCUACCUGACAUGGAAGAAUUUACUGGUCUGAAUGCAAAGUGUGCUUCCACUUUGAUGUCUCAACAUUUGCUUGCUGCUGCUGACUGCUAUGCGUUGGAUAGGCUUAAAUUACUAUGUGAAGUCAAGUUAUGUGAGGAUGUUGCUAUAAAUACAGUGGCCACUACCUUAGCUCUGGCUGAGCAGCACCACUGUAUUCAGCUCAAAUCUGUUUGUCUCAAAUUUGUUGCAUUGCCUGAAAAUUUGAGAGCUGUGAUGCAAACCGAGGGAUUUGAAUACUUGAAGGUCAGUUGUCCAUCUAUUCUGACGGAGCUCUUGCAGUAUGUUGCUAGGAUUGGUGAAAUUUCAUCAGUUUCCAAUGUAUGUGCAAAUGAUGCACUUGACGGCUGUGAUAUAACGGGUAGACGGGUCAAGCCUCGGAUCUGAUAUAUGCAAUGACUAAUUUGUUAUGGCUGUAAGUUCAUUGUUUGUUGUGCUAUGUAGUAAACUUUUGCUUUCAACUUAUAAUUUCCUAAUUCAAAUACACUUGUAUCUUUGUUGAACCGUAACAAGAUAAAUGUCAAUAUAGCAUAGCAAGAACCAUGAAACACCGGA